GUCAUGAGCGGCGCGAGCGAGGCGCUGCCCAGCGCCCAGAUGCAGCUCCACCCGAAGCUGGGGCGUCGUCAGACCAGCCCAGUGAACAGCAGCUCGUCUCCUCGGGAAUCGGCCCACUCGCGGGACUCCGUGGUGCGGCAGUGGCAGACCACCUCGGCGGCGGCCGAGAGUCGGAGGGGUAAGGAGACACUCCGCCGAAUGAAGACGGCCGACGGCAAGGAGAAGAUCGCCUGGAAGAUGCUGGCUGCGGACAGCAACAGGGACAACAUCGCCAGCGCCAUCCUGAACAGGCUGCAGACCUGCCUGGGUAUCAGGAGCUGCACAACCAGAGCGCUCAGCAAAUUGAAGGAGCUCAUUAAGCAGGACCCCUACAACAGCACAUGGCUGGCGAAGGUCACUGAGCGCAACGAGGGUGAUUGAGAGACUGCUCCCGCGACUGCCCCAAUGCCGUCCUCGUGGACUCCACCCCCCUCCCUGUCUUCCUCGCUGCCUUCGUCGUCGCCGGGUUUCGAAGGGGAGAACAGGAUGACCUGUGUUCUUGAGACCCUGGGGGGGAUUUCCCGGUGUCGUCGUCGGUGCUGUGGGCAGGUGCGGCACGCGGCGUGCGGACCCUCUGGCCGUGCCGCGGCCUGCCGCAGGUCGACGAAGCUCAGGAGGGGGAA